AUGAGCAGUCCCAGCAAAGCCAGAGUGUGGUGUGAUGGAUGGUGAGUGAAAUUUGGCCGUAAUGUCUGUAAUACGGCUUAAAACCGGCUCAAGGGCUUUUUAUGUGUUUUUAUCGCUUUGGAGAGCAAAUAUUAUAGUGUAGUAUGUCAUGCUUGCAGCUACGACAUGGUCCACUUUGGUCAUGCAAAUCAUUUGAGACAGGCCAAAGAAAUGGGCGCCAAGCUGAUUGUGGGCGUUCACACCGAUCGCGACAUCGAAUACCACAAAGGGCCUCCUGUGUUCACGGAACAGGAGAGAUAUCGAAUGGUCAGGGCUAUUAGAUGGGUUGAUACGGUAAGAAAUUUUAUAUUUAUUGUACCUAUAGUGAGAUGCUCAGAUUUUCUUAAAAUUUUGCGCACGUUUCGGGCAUGGGCCAUGUAUAGGUUCGAAAAAUUUCGGCUCGAGCCUAUAGGUGUCUUUUUCAACAAUUAUUUCACGCGAGAGAGAAGGCGAGACGCGAAUAGCAGUCACAGAGAAAAAAUUGGCCUUAUCUUUGCCGAUUUUACAUCAAACUUUUCAUAGCAAAAUUCUCAAAAAAAAGUUGGAUUUUCCCAUAAACUGAUAAUAAAAAUGUAAGGGCCUUAUCACGGUGUGGUAAUAAUGUGGAGAAAAUGGUCUUAUAUGAGUCUGUCGUGAAAAUAAUUUCAGCUCAAAAAGUCUCAGUCGUUUCUGCAAAGCGCGACCUUGGAGCUUCAAAUAAGUGUUAGUUUUUUUUUAAAUUUGCGCCGCGUUUCAUCAAAAUAUGACCGACUCACUGUUAGGUGUCUCUAAUAUGUAGUAUGCCACUGUUUUACUAGCCGAUUGUAGGUAGUGGAAGGAGCGCCUUAUGUCACAACAGUGGAGACUCUUAAUCAACAUGACUGCGACUUUUGUGUUCAUGGAAGUAAGUUUCUUUUGAUAUUAGGACAUUGUAGAAGCCUGUUGUUUAAUAUACGUGAUAUUUUUAAGACGACAUAACUCUAACUGCUGAUGGCGUUGAUACCUACGCUGAAGUGAAGAGGGUAAAUCGCUAUCGGGAGUGUCGGAGGACUCCUGGCGUAUCUACUACGGACCUUGUUGGCAGGAUGCUGCUGUUGACGAAGACUCAUCAUAACAAAGACCCUGAGAUCGGCGAGGAACAGUUUCAAAUCAUGAAAGCGCUGGCUACGGUGGGUAUUGUGCCCUUGUUUUGCCUUGUAUUCAUUGUGUUCGCUGCCCACCGAUUACUUCUCAUUUAUGUUUCAGGACUCCUCAGCCAAAGCGCCGUAUGUGACAGUAUCCCGAUACAAUCAGCAAACAGGAUCGAUUGAAACGCUAGUUGAAGGCCGACAGCGUCUACCGGACGAGAAAUCAGUCUACGUUUGUGGCUCUUUUGAUCUCUUUCAUGCUGGCCAUCUAAGCAUUCUGGAAAACGCAGCCAAGCUAGGGAAAUACGUGAUUGUUGGCAUCUUUCAAGACAAUGUUGUUAAUGAAUACAAAGGCCAAAACUACCCAGUGAUGACUUUGAUCGAGCGGGUUAUGACUGCAGUUGCUUAUAAAGUACGUUUUUAUUGACCAACCAUUUUUUUUUGGCUUUAUAGCAAAAAUAUUCAAUUUCAGCCAGUUUGCCAUGUUGUAAUUGGCGCUCCAUGCAAAGUCACCAAAGAAUGUGUGGCUUCGCUGGGAAUCGAUAUUGUCGCCAACGGAGUGAGCAGUGGGCAUGCUGAUGCAGAGAAUGAUCAUGCCGAGGAUCGGUUUUCUUACCCAAAGGAAGCCGGGAUUUACAAACAAAUCAACUCAGGGACAAGGCUAACCAAUGAGAAAAUUAUCGAGAGGAUCGUGGAGAACCGGUAUGGAUUUAAACGUUGGGCUUCUUCAGAAGCCACAAAAAUCAUGUUCUGGGGCCACUGAGUGUGUUUAGAAGGUUCAGCGGAGGCUACCAUCAUGGACGAUUCUCAUAAUGAGAUAUUAGUCUGUCGGGAAAAUAAUGUGGAUUUGCCGCAGCAAAAUGUCUCGGCGCGUCGUCGCUGCGGAUCAAACACUUUAGCCAUUGCAAAGCAAUAAUGGUCGAUUCCAAGACGCCACAAAUCCACAUUAUUUUCCCGACAGACUGAUGGUGUGUUUUCGUGAUUUUGCGCUUAAAUAACUACAUCUUUUGUAGCUGUAAAACGCAAGCUAAAACUUGCAAAAAUUAACUUGCGACUUAUCAGCUAUAAUACUAAAUACAACCAAGGUUUCUUUCUUUCGAAAUAUGCCUCGUAUUUCAUACUUCAUCUUUUAUUUAUAAGAUAUAAAUCCCGAAAAUGUAUCUUACACUGCCCAACAUUACUGUUUUAAUACAUUUUCUUCAGUCGCCUCUAUGAGGCUCGAAACCGAAGAAAGGCUCAACAGCGCUAG